GAAUCAAACAUAAACAAGCUAGACAGCCAAUAUGGCAAGAAAUAAAAGAGAUGACCAAGAUGUAUACUUUCUAUAAUUGUAGGUAAACUCAACAUAACACAGCAAAAAAUAAAAAAAAAUACAAGAAAUUUCCAGGUAGCCAACGUGGUUUUGCAUCUGAAAACUGGUAACCCUAAAUCCAAUAGACAAGUAAAGUUAGAGAGAGAUAGGGCAUAAAAAGAACAUUCUCUCAACUCGUAUAAUAGAGGUCGAUUUCAGAAACAAGAAGAAGAAAGAAAGAAAUGAAAACCAAGGAACUGAUGAUCAUAGUAUUCCUGGUACUCUUCAUGAUCCAUUUAGCUUCCUGUGCAUCAUCAUCAACUCCAUUAAAGGGGAGGCCUUUCCUUCUGGAUGAUCAUCAUGAGUUGCAGAAGAAGAACAUAGUUAAUAAGGAUGAAGCUUAUUAUAGUUAUAAACAUGGUACUAUUGCUUCCCGGAGUAAUUUGGAUGUAACUGUAUUUCGCGGUGGCGGCAGCGGCGGAAGAGGUGGCGGCGGCGGAAGAGGUGGGAGUGGUGGAGGAAGAAGAGGAGGAGGAGGAGAUAGAGGUGGUAUGACCGUGAUUCCAGUUUACACAGCUGGCACUCAUCACAGCAACAACAACAACCAAAAAGGUUCAGGAAACUCCAACCAAAUGGAUCUGAAUCUAAACCUAUUUCUAAUUAUCUUAGCAUCAACAACAACCUUUGCAUCUAUUUUCUUUUAUUAUUAAGAAUAACAAAUAUUAUGUUUGUAUAUAUUAUCAUUAUGUAGUGAU